AUAAAAAAAAUUAAAAAAAAAAAAAAAAUCUCCCCCCCCCAAAAAAAAAAAUUAAAUUUCAAAGCUCUUAUUAAGAUUCCAGGCGCCUCUGCGGAAGGAACGCCCUGAAAGCCUACAGAAAGCAGGUACUGCCCGUACGCACCUCCGUUUGCAAGUCAAAAAGUUCAGGUGGGGCGCUCGAGUCCCUCUGUCUCGAAGCUUGAGAAGCCAUUCCAUUUCUUCAACGAAGUGAGCAAGUCCAGAUCUUAGUGUCAAACUUAUGCAAGAGACUUCAUAGUAGAGAAACUGGACCCCAGUUUCUCAGGAUCACUAGAGCAUCCCAGUCAGUGUUUUGGACCAAGAUCAUUGUGGUCGUUGAACUCUUUUACCCAACCACCUACAGUGACAACGGCGAUGAACAAUAAGAGAAGGAAACUCGAGGGCGUUGACAUCCCUCCCAAGGCCCCUGCCUCUCCUGCUACACCUGUAAUGAGCGCGUUUGCUGCCCGGCAACAGCUCUGGGGAGCCCCAUCGCCAGUCGCAAAAACGCCUGUGAAUGAAAAUCCAACACCUGCCCAAAAAGAUUCCACGCCUGCAAAAACAAUAUCUACUCGUCGAAAUAAACGCGGGGCUGCCAAGGAGCAGGUUUCUACGCCUGUUAACGAAGACCCAACACCCGACCUCAACCGUGAAAGGGGUGAUUCAAUUCCUGCAUCGCCUAUUCUUUCCCCAGUUCUUGGAACACUCAUACCCCCAGUAGUCAGAGAAAGACAGCCUCAAUACUCGUCCUUGAAGCCACACAAGAAGAACUAUCAACAGAAGCCAGAUGGUUGCGUGGCGCUAAGAACGCCUGAUGGAGAGCGGCUGGUGAUACUGGGAAGCUAUGGCAUCGGAGUCCAUCAAGGCGAGGCCACCAUCGCCGGUGCUCAGUUAACACCACUGGAUCCAGUCCAAUGGAUACACGCUCCGCACUGCCAUGCUCUCCCAGUCCUCCGUACUUCUGAAGACACCGUGGUUGAGCUGCAUCCCCAUCCCGCAGCUGAUGGGUUGCGCCAGUUGGCAAAACUGAACCCUGCCUUUGGAAAACUCUGGAACGAGGUUCCCACCCAAGGGGUGCCAUCCAAGAAAGACUCGACAUUUCAAAUUUUGUUCUCCCCAGAAGACGUCCCCAAAAAGGUCGCCCUCCAAGAGCUCGUCUCCCCGCCAGAAUGGAACAAGAAACUCGCCUCCCUGAUCGCAACCAAGCGAAAAGGGGCCUUAUCCCCCAUCUUCUUCCUCUGCGGCCCCAAAUCAUCCGGGAAAUCCACCUUUGGGAAACUCCUCGCCAACCGUCUAAUCACCGACCGAGCCGGCAACAAAAACGCUCCUUGGUCACCCAUCUACAUCCUAGACAUCGACCCAGGGCAACCCGAAUUCGGCCCCCCCGGCGUGAUCUCCCUCGUCAAACUCACCUCCCCCAACCUCCAGCCCCCCUUCUGCCACCCAACCCUCGAACCAGUCACCUCGAUGAUCCGCUCUCACGCCAUCGCCGCAGUAACCCCCGCCCUCGACCCAGAGCACUUCAUCGAGUGCGUCAUGGACCUCUUUACGACCUACCAGACCCAGACCCAUCCCGGAGAAGAGAAGAAACCACCAAUGGUAGUCAACACCCCGGGCUGGAUCCAAGGUCUCGGGUUGGACAUUUUGUCUGAUCUCGUCAAGGGAAUCAAACCGACAGAGGUGGUGUACAUGUCGACCGAAGGACCAGAGGAAACCAUUUCUGGUCUUCAAGCCGCCAUCUCUUUUAUUCCCACCACCACAUUCAGCACCCUCCCCUCGCAAAACACAACCGAAAUCAUCUCCCCCUCCCGGAUCCCGUCGUCUCUCCGUACGAUGCAGGCAAUGUCUUAUUUUCAUCUUUUGCCGUCGUUGUCAACUUGGAAUUCAACACCGCUGUCACAUGCUCCCCCUUGGAGGGUGAGGUAUACGGGUCCUGACAGGGGAUUCAGGGGUAUCCUCUGCUACGACUACCAACCUUCACCGAGAAUCUUGGCAGAGGCAAUCAACGGGAUGGUUUUGGCGCUUGUGAAAAUUUCCAACUUGGCCGCGUUAAGGGGAUUAGACAACAUAAUCGAGGCUGGGAGUGGGAAGUUGCCAUUGAUAGACAACCCUAUGGGGAAGAGCCUCGAUCCGAAGUUUUCGGAGCUGGUGGGGUUGGUGCUGGUGAGGGGGGUGGAUGAGAGGAGGGGCGAGCUGCAGCUGCUCACGCCGGUUGGGAUGGGGGCCGUGGAGAAAGGAGAGGGGAGGUUGGUGUUGGUGAUGGGGAAGUUUGAUACGCCCAGCUGGUGUUAUAGUGAAGAGUUGUUGCAUGGGAGUCAGAACCGGGGGGCGGGGGGGAAGGUUUGGAGGGUUAGGAGGGAUUUGGGGAGGAGUUAG